UGGGCCUCGAGCGCCCGCAGCCCACCUCUCGGGGGCGGGCUCCCGGCGCGAGCAGGGCCGACGAGAAGAUGGAGGAGCUGGUGGUGGAAGUGCGGGGCUCCAAUGGCGCUUUCUACAAGGCAUUUGUAAAGGAUGUUCAUGAAGAUUCAAUAACAGUUGCAUUUGAAAACAACUGGCAGCCAGAGAGGCAGAUUCCAUUCCAUGAUGUGAGAUUCCCACCACCUGUAGGUUAUAAUAAAGAUAUAAAUGAAAGUGAUGAAGUUGAGGUUUAUUCCAGAGCAAAUGAAAAAGAGCCUUGCUGUUGGUGGUUAGCUAAAGUGAGGAUGAUAAAGGGUGAGUUUUACGUGAUAGAAUAUGCAGCAUGUGAUGCUACGUACAAUGAAAUUGUCACAAUUGAACGUUUACGAUCAGUUAAUCCCAACAAACCUGCCACAAAAGAUACUUUCCAUAAAAUCAAACUGGACGUGCCAGAAGACUUACGACAAAUGUGUGCCAAAGAGUCGGCACAUAAGGACUUUAAAAAGGCAGUUGGCGCCUUUUCUGUAACUUAUGAUCCAGAAAAUUAUCAGCUUGUCAUUUUGUCUAUCAAUGAAGUCACCUCAAAGCGAGCACACAUGCUGAUUGACAUGCACUUUCGGAGUCUGCGCACUAAACUGUCUCUGAUACUGAGAAAUGAAGAAGCCAGUAAGCAGCUAGAGAGUUCAAGGCAACUUGCCUCAAGGUUUCAUGAGCAAUUUAUCGUACGAGAAGAUCUGAUGGGUCUAGCUAUUGGUACUCAUGGUGCUAAUAUUCAGCAAGCUAGAAAAGUACCAGGGGUCACUGCUAUCGAUCUAGACGAAGACACCUGCACAUUUCAUAUUUAUGGAGAGGAUCAAGAUGCUGUGAAAAAGGCUAGAAGCUUCCUUGAAUUUGCUGAAGAUGUCAUACAAGUUCCAAGGAACUUAGUAGGCAAAGUAAUAGGGAAAAAUGGAAAACUGAUUCAGGAGAUUGUGGACAAGUCAGGAGUUGUGAGGGUGAGAAUUGAGGCCGAAAAUGAGAAAAAUGUUCCACAAGAAGAGGAAAUUAUGCCACCAAAUUCCCUACCUUCCAGUAACUCAAGGGUUGGACCUACUCCCUCGGAAGAAAAAAAACAUAUAGAUAUAAAGGAAAACAGCGCUCAUUUUUCUCAACCUAACAGUACAAAAGUCCAGAGGGGUAUGGUACCAUUUGUUUUUGUGGGAACAAAGGACAGCAUCGCUAAUGCCACUGUUCUUUUGGAUUAUCACCUGAACUAUUUAAAGGAAGUAGACCAGUUGCGUUUGGAGAGAUUACAAAUUGAUGAGCAGUUGCGACAGAUUGGAGCUAGUUCUAGACCACCACCAAAUCGUACAGAUAAGGAAAAAGGCUAUGUGACUGAUGAUGGUCAAGGAAUGGGUCGAGGUAGUAGACCUUACAGAAAUAGGGGGCACGGCAGACGCGGUCCUGGAUAUACUUCAGGAACUAAUUCUGAAGCAUCAAAUGCUUCUGAAACAGAAUCUGACCACAGAGACGAACUCAGUGAUUGGUCAUUAGCUCCAACAGAGGAAGAGAGGGAGAACUUCCUGCGCAGAGGAGACGGACGACGGCGUGGCGGUGGAGGAAGAGGACAGGGAGGAAGAGGACGCGGAGGCGGCUUCAAAGGAAAUGACGAUCACUCCCGAACAGAUAAUCGUCCACGUAAUCCAAGAGAGGCUAAAGCAAGAGCGGCAGAUGGAUCCCUCCAGAUCAGAGUUGACUGCAAUAAUGAAAGGAGUGUCCACACUAAAACAUUGCAGAAUACCUCCAGUGAAGGUAAUCGGCUGCGCACGGGUAAAGAUCGUAACCAGAAGAAGGAAAAGCCAGACAGCGUGGAUGGUCAGCAACCACUUGUGAAUGGAGUACCCUAAACUGCGUAAUUCUGAAGUUAUGUUUCCUAUACCAUUUCCACAAUUCUUAGUCCAUAUUAGAAAACUUUGUUAGGCCAAAGACAAAUAGUAGGCAAGAUGGCACAGGGCAUGAAAUGAACACAAAUUCUGUUAAGAAUUUUUUUUUUUGGUAUUGACCAUAAGCAGCAAUUUUCAGAUUUGCACAAAAAGAUAUCCUGAAAUUUUGAAACAUUACUUUUAUGUAUACUUAGCACUUCAGGACAGGAUUUUAGUUUGGUUUAUUUUUUAAAGUACUGAGCAGUGAUAUUUUUUGUUAAUUUGGACCAUUUUCCUGCGUUGGGUGAUAACUCACUGGUACAUUUCAGUUUUUAUGAAUAAAUAGCAUCUAUGGUAAUCAUGUUAGACUUCUGUUUUCAAUAUCAUGUAAAAGUCCAUAAAAUACUAGGUCAUUUCAUGUCCUGUGUCAGUUUAUGUUUUGGUCCACUUUUCCAGUAUUUUAGUGGACCCUGAGAUGUGUGUGAUGUGACAUUUGUCAUUUUCAUUAGCAAAAAAAAAAAGUUGUAUGAUCUGUGCCUUUUUUAUAUCUUGGCAGGUAGGAAUAUUAUAUUUGGAUGCAGAGUUCAGGGAAGAUAAGUUGGAAACACUAAAUGUUAAAGAUGUAGCAAACCCUGUCAAACAUUAGUACUUUAUAGAGGAAUGCAUGCUUUCCAUAUUUUUUUCCUUACAUAAACAUCAGGUUAGGCAGUAUAAAGAAUAGGACUUGUUUUUGUUUCUGAUUUGUUGCACUGAAGUUUGACAAAUAGUGCUAUUGAGAGGGAUGUGUAAUGUUUCUGUAUAGACAGGAGAAGAAAUAACUAUCUUUUCAUUUGAGAGAGGCUAAAAUGUUUUCAGCUAGGAACAAAUCUUCCUGGUCGAAAGUUAGUAGGAUAUGCCUGCUCUUUGGCCUGAUGACCAAUUUUAACUUAGAGCCUUUUUUAUUUUGUCCUCCCCGAGUUUUGUGAAAUUUUUCAUAUUUUAAUUUCAAGCUUAUUUUGGGGAGAUAGGAAGGUCAUUUCCAUGUGUGCAUAAUAAUCCUGUGAAGUACAGGUACUUUGUCUAAGAAACAUUUGAAGCAGGUUAAAUGUUUUGUAAACUUUGAAAUGUUAGGUCUAAUGUAUAAUCAGAAUUGGAAAGCAGACUAGGAUUGGUUAACAAAUAAUACUUUUUUCUUUUUUUUUUCUUUUGUUUUUUGACAUGUUGGGUUUUGGUUUUGGUUUUGUCUUUUUUUUUUUUUUUUAUGAAUGAAAUUUACCGAGGAAAAAUAUGUGAAGGACCUUCACUCUAAGAUGUUAUAUUUUUCUUAAAAAAUAACUCCAAGUAGGGGUACCACUGAAUCUGUACAGAGCCGUACAAACCGAAGUUCUGCCUCUGAUGUAUUUUGUGAGUUUGUUUCUUUGAAUUUUCAUUUUACAGUUACUUUUCCUUGCAUACAAAUAAGCAUAUAAAAAUGGCAACAAGCUGCACAUGAUUUCAAGAAUAUUAAAAAGUCUUUUAAAAGUAUUGCCAAACAUUAAUGUUAAUUUCUAGUUAUUUAUUCUGGGAAUGUAUAGUAUUUGAAAACAGAAAUUGGUACCUUGCACACAUCAUCUGUAAGCUGUUUGGUUUAAAAUACUGUAGAUAAUUAACCAAGGUAGAAUGACCUUGUAAUGUAACUGCUCUUGGGCAAUAUUCUCUGUACAUAUUAGCGACAACAGAUUGGAUUUUAUGUUGACAUUUGUUUGGUUAUAGUGCAAUAUAUUUUGUAUGCAAGCAGUUUCAAUAAAGUUUGAUCUUCCUCUGCUAAAUUGAUGUUGAUGCAAUCCUUACAAAUGAUUGCUUUUAAAAUUUUAAGAUAGGAAAAGAAAUCUAUAGAAAAUGUUCUGUUACAAAAUGUAACUGUUACCAUUGGAAAUUUCACGUGUCAUAGGAAGUUAGCCGCUAUCUACCAACUUUCAAGAACUUGAUCUUGUUUAAUAAGGUGAAAAAAAAUCAACAAAAUGGUACAAAAGCACUUUGUGCCAUUACAAUAUGCACUAAGUCUCUUUUUUUACAAAGGCUGAAUUCAGCAAGGCGCUAACUUGCUUAAAUGUGAAUUACUAACUUCUAAAACUGUAAUUUGAUUCACAUGUUUUCAAAUGGAGUUGGAGUUGAUUCAUAUUACAAUAUUUGUGUGCUGAACGUGUAUGUUUUUCAGUUGGAAGUCAUGAUGUUUUUAAAAUCUUAUUAAAGUUUCAAAAAUCUGAA